UGCAUACAUGAACCACAGUAGCUAUCCUGUGCUCUAAUUUUAAUUGUGAUGAUUAUAAUCCAUGACAGACAGACAGACAGACAACCAGACCGACCGACCGGUGUCCUGAUCACGUGAUCCACUCAGAUCUGCGGCCGUGGACGUCUGUAAAAUGGAGGACCGUGAAGCUAAAGAGCCCGAGCAGCUCAGAAAGCUGUUCAUUGGAGGCCUGAGCUUUGAAACCACGGAGGAGAGUUUACGGGCCCAUUUUGAACAAUGGGGAACUCUCACGGACUGUGUGGUGAUGAGGGACCCCAACAACAAGCGCUCAAGAGGGUUUGGCUUUGUGACAUACUCCACUGUAGGGGAGGUCGACGAUGCCAUGAAAGCAAGGCCUCAUAAAGUUGAUGGCCGCGUUGUCGAACCCAAGAGGGCAGUGUCCAGAGAGGACUCCAAUAAACCAGGCGCCCACCUGACAGUGAAGAAGAUCUUUGUCGGUGGCAUCAAGGAGGACACCGAGGAGUACCAUAUUCGAGAGUACUUUGAGAAAUAUGGCAGGAUUGAAUGCAUCGACAUCAUGGAGGAACGCUCCACUGGGAAGAAGAGGGGGUUCUGCUUUGUCUCCUUUGAUGACCACGACACUGUAGACAAAAUUGUCGCCCAGAAAUUCCACACAAUCAACUUCCACAACUGUGAGGUCAGGAAAGCUCUUUCCAAACAGGAAAUGAGUGCUAUGUCUACUAACAGGGGCAGGAGUGGAGGAUCUGGAAACUUCAUGGGAAGGGGUGGUAAUUUUGGAGGUGGUGGCAACUUCAGUCGAGGUGGCUUCGGUGGAGGACGAGGUGGUUACGGCGAUGAUUUUGACAACGGUCCAGGAGGAAACUAUGGUGGAGGACCAGGUUAUGGAGGGGGCCGAGGGGGCUACGGUGGUGGUGGCCCAGGGUAUGGCAACCAGGGUGGUGGAUUUGGUGGCAGCUGCGAUGGAGGUUAUGGAGGCAAUGAUGGAGGUUACGGAGGCGGUGGAAAUUACAACGACUUUGGAAAUUAUGGUGGGCAGCAGUCCAACUAUGGGCCCAUGAAGGGAGGCAACUAUGGUGGCAGAAACUCAGGUGGACCCUAUGGUGGUGGCUACAGCUCUGGCGGCGGCGGAGGUGGCUACAACCCGCGGCGAUAUUAAUUAUUUCAUGUUUUGGCUUCAGUUCUUAGCAGGAGAGGCGAGGAGGUGAGCAAAGGAAUUGUCAGGAAAGCUGCAGGUUACUUUGAGGCAGUCAUCUGAAAGCAUUAGAGGAACACACAAGUCAGACAUUACUGCAGCUAAAUCGGAGAAGUUUAUGGAAGAAGGACUGUAUACACAAGACAUGAGUGCAGAUGAAAACCUCCCCUAUUUGUGAUAGAUGUUUCCCUACAAAGCUAUUUUUCCUUUUUAUGCGUCUGAAGUGUGUGUAUUGUGCCUAUGGUAUCAGGGUUAAAGAGUAAAUUGUUUUUUUUUUUAUCUGAAGCCAGUUCUUAAUAUCUUUAUUUUUUCUUUUUUUAUAUGGGUUAGUUUUCUGCUGGCCGAUUAAUCUUAUGUCUUUUAACUUGUCAUAGUUAUAUCAGGCCCACAGAUGAGCUAGAGUUACUCCAUUUUUUUCUUUCUGAAGUUAUUAUGAUUGCUCAAUUGCAAGUGUCAAGUGUAUUUUGAUUUUGUAUGUGAAGCACAGUAUGUAAAUCCUUCGUAGUACCAGUGUCAACAAAUAUAAGCAAUUAAUUAGAAAUAAGGGAAUCCCCUCACUCUUCUUGUUCCCAAAAAAAACAAAUUCUAGAUUGUUGGACUAUUUUGAUUAGAAGAAAAAGACCGAAUAAAAUUGUGUAGUAAAGUGACAAGAGGUUCAGUGCGUCAUUGGUUCAGAAAAAGAUAAAACUGAGUUAUUGAUGUAUCUGUUGCUUGCACAUUGUGACUGUGAAGUUUAGCAAAUCAGCCUGUCCAGAACUUUCUCCUCUUGAGAGUAUUAUUGAAGACUUUUGUGGGGGAAAUAGUGUAUUUGCUGUAUGUACUUGUUCAAAGGUGAAUGACAAGGGAGUUUUGGGUAGUCCUAGGGCAAGGGCCCAUACACCACCUAUGCCAGUGUUGAGCGAGUAGGAUUAUAACAGCCACAAGCACCUGCAGUUGGGCCCUCAGCAUCGCUAGUGUGGAAGAUUGCAGAUGACUGUCAGACAGGACGUCUUCAGCCCCAGCCAGCACAGUGGACCAGUCAGCAUUUUGAGAGAGAAGGGAGAAGGCAGCAUCGAGCACAACGCCCAUGGAGGAAGCUUGCAGUGUCGUUCCUGGUAGUGAGCAUCUAUCUCUUUCAAGGCUAGCUAAACCCUCCAGCAGCUGGUGCUAGCGAAGAAAGACUAGUUCCUGGACACAUUGGAGAUCCUGUUGAGUCAGAGAUACUGCAGUUUUUACCCGCAAAAAUGCUAGAUUUCAGACAUUAACAAGAAAAGGGAGUGAGUAUUUCACAAAAAAAAGCUGACUUAAGAAGAUGGAGCAGGUAAGAGUAACCACUUUGCUUGAUUUGCAGAUGUGGAAAGAGGCAUUCUCUUCUUGCUGAAAAUCUGUAAAGACCUGAUAACAUGGAAGGUUCUGGAUGGGUAAGACUUUUUCAAAAUAUUAUCCAAGGCUGCUCUUAUUGUGAUCUAACAGUGCACAUGGUGAUUAUACGGGGUGCAAGGGUUCUUUUAAGGUAAACAGAGCAGGAAGAUAUCCAGUAUUGCUCAACUUUGACCAGAAGUCAGCCUGUGACCUUCACCACACUGCAGGGAUUACAGUGAGGUUAAAAUAUCUUUACAUGUUUUAUUGCUUUGCUAUCAGUCAGACAGGUCUGAUAAAGUUGAAAGUGGUGCAACACCUUUGGGUCAUGCCCAGAAAAGAUAAACUAUCUACACACGGUGGUCACUUUAUUAGACACACCUGUACAAUCUAUUAAAGUUGAAUACAAGAACUCUGCCAUGAAUUCUUCUUUAUCAAGUGAAGUUUUUGUUGUCGGAGAUGUGUAAAUUCAGGUCAUAGUUAAAGGUUGUGUACUAAUUAUGUGGAAGAAAUACUUUUUUUUUUAUUUUAUUAUUUUUUUUUAACUUAAGAACAACUUAAAUACGACAGUGUAGGAAAAAAUUGUAAGUUGUGCAUUCAAAAUCUUUCUCAACUCUUCAAGUAAAUAAGCAACAUCAUCAAAAUAUACUCAUACUCAAAGCACCAAAAUUAAAACUACUUCUAGUGCAGUAUAACAUAUCACUGGAUUAUUAUCAUUGAUGCAUUAAUACGUUAGCAUCACUAAUAGUAUACACUGUUAGGUAGCAUAAUCCAUAGUAAUACAUCAUGAUUUAUUAGCAGUGUACAUUUUGGACUGAUAAUCUAGGAUGUAGUGGAGUCAAAAGUACGAUAUCUGGCUCCAAAAUGUGGUGGAAUAAAAGUAUAAAGUAGCAUAAAAUGGAAAUAUUUAAGUGAAGUACAAGUACCUCUAAUUUGUACUCAAAUACAGUACUUGAUUGAGCAUUGUCGUCGAAUCCAGGGUGGGGGAGCCCUUCUGUGUGGAGUUUGCAUGUUCUCCCCAUGUCAGCGUGGGUUUUCUCCAAGUAGAAAACCCACAGUCGGUUUGCAGGUUAAUUGGUGACUCUAAAUUGUCCGUAGGUGUGAAUGUGAGUGUGAAUGGUUGUCUGUCUGUCGUCCCGUCCCCCCCC